AUGCAGACGCGCUGCUGCCUCGCGUGGCGCGCGCCCGUCGGCGGCGGAGCGCGUUCUCUUGAUGACUGUGUCCUCUUCUCCCUGCGGCUGGGUUCCUAUAUUCCAUCUGGCCUCGCUUCGCAGUCGUCUCGUGCUGCGUCCUUCCCCCCUUUUUCUUCCUCGUGUUCUUUCUCUGAGCCUGCAACUGCCGCUGGAGCCGCCGCUGCUUCUGUGCUGUCGCCUGCCUCCUCUCCGUCGUCUGCGUCGACUGGCGGCGCUCAGUUCUCUCUCUCUCCUUCGAGGGAUGACGGCCGCCCUCCACGCCGCAGCGUUUGGUCUUCUCUGCUCGUCUCGCGCCCCAGCCUUCUUCCAUUCUCUCGCCGCCCUCCGCGCGACUCGCUGCCGCGCGCCUCGGCGUUUUCUUCCGUCGCUCGCCAGCGACUCCUCGCGCAGAGUCUCACUGAGGCGCCGCGGCCGGCGCGUCAGCGCCAGAGGGCGGCGAGCGGCACAAGAGGCGAUGUGGAACGCGGAAAGCAAACUACCGCUCAGCCUGCAGCGCACGCGGAAGCGCCGAGGAACCCGCGCCCGCAGAUCGGCGACGCGCUGAGCGACUCUGAGACGCAGAGAGGCGAGCUCGGCUGCUCAGGGAGGGGGGAGAUGACCGCGGAGAUGUGGCGCAGCCGCGCAGAGGGCGAGGCGGAGGAGUUCGUUGAGGACGCGAGGGAGGACAGUGGAGAGAGUCGAGGAGGGAGAGGGGAUCGCGCAGCCGAGGCUGAAGAUCAGAGAGGAGUUCUCAACUCCCACCACAGCCCCAGGCGCUCCGGAGGCGGGCAGAGAGAGGAGACGCCGAAGCGCCUGCAGUUCGACCUAGAGCGGCCCUUUACGCAGCGUGAGAAAUUGCGCGUACGCGCACAAAUGCGAGAAGCCUUAGAUACCGCAGACGCCCCCGAGAGCGGACGGGGUCCGGUAGUAUCUCUCUCCUCGCACUCCGCUUGUCUCACACCCUCGCACGCUGAGUUGGAGGCACGGCAACGAAGCGGGCAGCACCUCCGAGAUGCGCGUGAAGCUGAGAGCGCCCUCCGCGACAGCCUAGACGCGUAUCUGGCGCGUGUGUCGAGAAAAGAGGGCGAAGGCCACGCAGGUUCCCUCUCUGGAGGCCUCUCUUCUUCCGCCGUGCCCGCCUGCCGCGAGAGACGCGCUGUGCCUCUUCGCGGGUCGCGUAUUCGCGCGCCUCCUCAGCCGCUGCCGCUGCCCGAUUUGCUUCGUUUGCUCUCGUUUCUCUCCUCUCAGCGGUCGCAUCUUUCGCGCUGCUCGCCGGCCGGGCUGCUCGCCGACAUCGAGCCGCACCCGCUGCUGCAUCUCUUGGCGCGGUCGCUGCACCGUGAGAAAGGUCGGCUGCCGCCCGAUGCCCUCGCUGCGUCGCUGGAGUUUCUCCUCGCUCUCUCUGAGCAAACCGCGGAGGUCCCUGGCGCCUCCGCCGCGAGCACGCGCACGUGGCCUCUGCUCAAGUCGCUCACAGACCUCUUCCUCGCGCCCGGCUUUUUCGCGUCUCGACUCCUCGCGUCGCUGGAGGAGACACUUUCGCUGCUCCUUCGCGUCGCUGUACAUCCUGCGGGGCUUCUCAGCGGCGACGUGGAGCGCGCGGCGCGGCACCGGAGUCUCUGGGAGCAGAUCUGCGAAUUUCUGUUCUCCCAGCGAGGCUCGCGGCUCUCCGAAGCGGAGGUGCUCGCCUUGCUGCGCACCCUGAGUCUGCUUGCAGAGGGUAGCGCCGUGGCGAGCCUCAGCGCACGCGGCGCUGGCGGCGAAGCGGCUGUGGGUCUGCUGGGAUCGCUCGCUCUCGAGGGCGAGGCUCUCGUGGCUGCGUGCUUCGCGGGAAAUGACCUCGAUACCGCGCUGCUGUCGCGGGCGCUGGAGCGUCACCUCGUUCCCGACUGGCUAUACGCCGCGAGUCCGCACACGCUGGUCGUGCUUCUGCUGCUUCUCACGCGUCUGGGCUGCCUGAGUCCCCGCGUGUUUUCAGAAAUCGCAGAAGUUCUGCUCCUCGGCGCGCCCUUUCUCGGCGACGCCUGCCUGUUGCCCCUCCUCCACACGCUGCUCGUCUGCCGCCAGCACUUUGACCUGCGCCUUGCGCAAGAGAUGCGCGGGCACUCAGAGGUCGCCGCGAGGCGAUUCCGCGACAACGCGCCCGACGCCGAGGGCCUUGCAGAAGAUGCGCUGGGAGCUGAAGAGGAGGACGCAAGUCACCCCCUGUACGAGGCGCGUGUGAAACGACUGCUGCAAGCGCUUCGCUACCGCGUCCAGUGCCGCUUCGGCCAGGUGCCCUUCUCGACUUCCGUCGACGAGCUGGGGGCGCUUCUCUCGGUAUAUAAGCCGAACGAGCACCUGAGGCGUGUGUUUCUGGAUCGGUGUGUGGCGAGUCCGGAUCUGCUGAUGCAUCUGACGCCGGCGCGCUUCCUGAUUGCCACCAAGAUCCUCGCGCGCCUCGGCGUCAGCCACGGGUCGCAGGCGCGCUUCGCGUUCGCGCGGGCGCUCCCGCGGCAGCUGCCGCACAUGCAGCUCGAGGCCUUUCUCGAGCUCACGCGCGCGGGUGCGGGAGGCGGCGUUGGCGCGCUGGAAACGAUGCGGGCGGCCAUCUCUGCAGAGAAGAAAGCUCGCGAGGCCCUCGUACAGACCUUCAGGCGCCUCGCCUUCGACGCCUGCGACGCCAUCCUUCUCGCGGAGGGAGGGUGCGGAGGCGCUGAGCGCCGGGUGCUUGGAAGCCCGACUGCGGCGCAGCUGCCUGCGCGGGCGGCGGAGCAAGAUUGUGGGCGGCUCGAGGCUGGGCUGCGCAGCGCGCCAGGGGCCUUCAGACUUUCGGCAGAGGGCGACGCCGCCCAAGGCGUUCCCCCCCGUGUGUCGCACUCGCCAGGAGUGUCUGCUGCUGCUUCUUCCUCCGCCGCCUCGCCGCCUCGGGCGCCGGCGUGCUUCCCUCACGCCCGCAGUGCGUGGCCGCGGACACUCCUCGCGCUGAUUCGCAGCUGGACGGCCCUGGGGCUUUCCAAGAGGGACGAACCGCCGCUGCCGCUGAUUCUCUUUCUCGUCGCGCUUCAGGGCGCUGACAGACGCGCGCUUCUGAGGCGGCAGCAAGUCCCGACGCCUGGCCGUCCUCUCGCGCUCGAUUUCCCGCCGGAAGCGCCUGGCGCACACGUCCUGCCUUCGGUCUCAGCUUCAUCGUCUUGCCCCGCGGUGUCGCCUGCUGAGCUUUCUCCCUCUGCGUCCCUCUCUCUCUGCGCCUCUGCCGCCGGGGCGUUAGGGCGCGAGUCCGCGGCGGCUGCUUGGCGUGGACUGUCGAUGCCGCGUGCGUCGGGCGUGUCGCUUGUCCACGCGCUCUCGAUGCCGGAUCUUCUUCUCCUUGUCUCCACGUCUCGCGCCGCCGGCCUGCUGCUCGCGCCCGCCCUCGCGGCGGCCGUCCUCCACCGGCUGCGGCGCAGCGGCGGGCUGAUCUCCCCGGACGGCGCCGCGGAGAUCCUCUACACGCUCAGCCUGCAGCAGCUCGUCCGCCACGGGCUCGCCGAGGAGGCGGCGCAGAGACCUGCGCGGCGCCAGACGCCCCGCGACAAGGUCCGCGCCCUCGAGGCGAGGAGACUCUACCACCCCGACCACCCGGGUGCAGAGGCGAAAGCAGAGACAGAAAAGGAAACAGACAGAGAAGAAGAAGAGGAAGAAGAAGAGGAGAAUCCGAUGGUGUAUGGAGCGCUGUUUGAGAGCAUCUCUUCGGCUCUGUGGGAUGAACUCGUGGAGCAGCCGGCGACGGCAGACUUGGUCAAGAUCUUCUGGGCGAUCGUCGCGGGCGAACAGUGGAAGUGGCUGAGAAGACUCGGCGCGCCCAUCGUCGACUUCUGCGCUGCGCAUUUCUCAGAGAUUCAAGGCAACCCGCAGGCGCAGCGUCUCUUCUUCCAGGCUCUGUGCCACGUCCGCACGCAGUGGCCGUCUCUCGCCGGCGAGUAUUUUCUUCUUCUUGACCGGACGCCUGCGGUCUCCCCGUCUCUCCUUCCGCCGGCGAGUAAUUCGCUCUUCUUGCCUGCGCCUGCCGCAGCGCUCUGCCAGCAGACUCCGCCGCCUGAGUCACUUCUGCUUGCCUCACUCCCUGAGCCUUCAGGGCGCGCCUUCUUCUCGCCUUCACCGUCGUCUCUUGAUGAGCGUUCCUCGGCGCCACCCGUCGCGCAACGCGCAGGCGCUGCGGUCGGCGCGGAGGCGCGCGCGCUCGCGCCUUUCCCACGGCUCGCUGUCGCGAAAGGCGUCCUGUCGUUGGCGCCCACGAGCCACGCGACGGAGACAUGCCGAAGGGGCUGGUGGCUUGGGAGGAGCGUGGAAGGCGACGCGUGCUCAGAGUUUGAUCUGGCCUCGCGGCAGCUCCAGACAGACGAAGGAAUUCUGAAAACGGCAUUGAAAGGAUCUGUUCUCACAGAACUGCAGCUAACCUGGCGAGCCGGACAGAAGACAAAGCUCACCUCUGGCUCAGCCGCGCACGAGCGCCUGGGGGCCGUUCUGCGACGUCUCUCCAUCGCGCCUUUCUUCCAACAGACGCUGGACAUUGACACGCGCGCCGAGGCGCUCGGCCUGGCGGGCCUGUCGCUGCCUCCGCGUCGGCGCGGCGCCUCCCUCGCCUCACCGGCGUCGCUCGCGCUGCUGUCCGCGCACGCGAACGGCGGCUUUCUGUCGCCCUGUCCUGCGGAAGAAGAGUACUCGCUCACGUGGGGCAACCCCGUCUGGCGGGUGGGCGUCCUGGUGCUGCCUGCGGGCGCGAGCGGCGAGUGGCUGCGCGCUGAACUCGCCUGCCGGCCGUCGGUCUCCACGCUCCUGCGCGCCGAGCGCGACCGCCUAGGGCUCGCCCGCAAAGAUGGAGGAGGAGACGCGGUCGGAGGCGACGCUGCGGCGAGGGACGGAGAGGGCCUGCGCCGGCGAGAUCGGCGACGCAGGCGCGAGGAGGACGAGGCGCAAGCGCGCGCUGCGGGCGAGCGCGAGAGAGUCAUCCUCGAUGAACUGAUUCGCAGAGACGGGCGCGCGAGCGGCGCCGCGCAGGAGGCGCCACGCGAAGGCACGAGGCUGACGGCGAAGAGCGCAAUGCACAUCAAGUUCCUGCAGGAUGUCCGCGACUGGCGAAUUGUCGUGCUUCAACAAGAGAAGGUGAAGGAGCGGCUGAAGCACGAGAACGAAGACUGGCUCGCUCGUCGUCUGGAGCUCGGUCGCGACAUUUUCCCGCUCCCUUCAAGCGUCUCUUCAUUUCUUCGAGAGUAUGUCUCUUCUGCGCAUUCGCCCGUCACGCCAGUCGCGAAGAACGCCGGCUGCGUCUCCGCCGCACCGGUGUGCGCUCAUGAGGUUAAAAGCUGCUCGUUGCCUCACGCCUCUUCGCUUUCCUCUUCUCUCUCUCUCUCUGGGCUGGAGGCGCAGGGACGCGCCUGCGAGGACGCAGUCCUGCCUUCCUCUACUCUCUCAGAAGGCAUGUUAAAUGAUGCAGAGAAGGAGCGAAUUUCCUUCGCGCUAAUCCCAGAAGGCAAAAGAGAAGGAAGGCGAGAGACGCUCGAGGUGCUUUCUUUGCCCGAAGGCGAGGGUCGCCUCCGCGGCAGACGAGGGAGGAGGACUAAUUCGGCGCGCCUCGACAUUGAACGAAGUCUGGUGGGAGAGGCCGAGCGACUGCAGAGAGUUGAGCAUUUCCGCGAGAUCCGAGACGCCGCAUUCGUUCAGAUGCAGAAGGAACUCCUUUUCCUCUUCUCGCUGGAUGACUAG